CUCUGAUUCAUCAAAAAUAGAUCUCUGUUUAAUAGUCUGUACAUUUUGGCAUCGACAGAUAUAUCCCAUUCUGGAUUAUUUGAACAUUUUCUACACUACAAGUACAACGUAUCUCUUGUCCACACAGCUAGCUGUAGGAUCCAGUUGAUAUUACGGUUCCCUUCCCCCUAACUCUAGCCGUAACCAGUUCGAAAGCAAUAAUUAUAUAUUCAUAGUUCAUACGAGCGAAGUAAUGAUUAUGUCUAUGAGUAGAAAUGCGUAGUACCGGUGACCGUGCUUAUUAGCUCGUGUCGUAAAUUUCUCAGCAAGUACAGCUGCGAUCAUGACAUGUAUUUCUCAGCGGUUGCUGCUUUCAGCUCGCGGGACCCUCUUCAGAACUCCAUUGUCAGAGACCCUUUCAAGCACAAGAGCGUUUCAUACGCAGGGAGGUGGCCUACGGAAAGAGGAUUUGUAUAAAACGCUAGAUGUCCAGCAAAAUUCUUCCCAAAAUGACAUCAAGAAAGCAUAUUAUAAGCUAGCUAGAAAGUAUCAUCCGGAUGCUAACCGUGACAAUCCAGAAGCUGCCAAGAAAUUUGCACGCGUUGCUUCGGCAUAUGAAACUCUGGGUAAUGCAGAGAAACGGCAGAAAUAUGACAUGCAAGGCGGUCCAGCUGGUGGAUUUUCCAGUACAAUGGGUGGUAGUUCAGCAGGCACUGCUGGCAAAGCAUCAGGCAAACCCGGUGCUCGCAAACCUGGUGAACAAGAUGAGCAGCGCGCUGAAGAAAUAUUCAGAGCUUUUCAGGAGCAAUUCGGCCGAAACUUUGACUUUGCCGACUUUGCCGAGAGAUACUCGUAUGCUUCUAAUCAGAUUGUUCAAGUUCACUUGACGUUUGUUGAAGCAGCUCUUGGCACGGAAAAAGAGUUAGAUUUGUCCUUCACUGGUAUCUGUCAUCACUGCCAUGGAAUGAGAUCCGAGCCAGGCAGCGAAACAAUCAUGUGCCCCAAGUGCGGUGGCACCGGAGAGGUCUCAUUAUCCACUGGAUUUUUCAACAUGCGCUCCACGUGUACCGACUGUUCUGGAAAGGGAUUCCUUUUUACAACUGCCUGUACUGUCUGCUUUGGGCAAGGUCAUACGAAUCAGCAGAGAAAAGUCGUUGUUCCGUUUCCAGCUGGUGUGUCUGAUGGUCAGACUAUUUCGGUGCCCGUGACUGGAGCUGGGACAUUCUUUGUGCAGCUAUCUGUGGCUGGCAAUAACAACCUUGUCCGAGAGGGUUACGAUGUCCACUCCAAUGUCGAAAUUAGCUUUGCAAAGGCUGUACGUGGUGGAACUGUUCGUGUCGAUGGUGUCAGUGGCUUGGUGGAUGUUGUUAUACCGCCCGGGACCCAAUCACAUGCCACACUGCGGUUAGGUGGUCGUGGAAUUAAACGUUUAAAUGCUGUUGGCUGUGGAGACCACAUUAUUCAUGUGAAAAUCCUCGUUCCAAGACGCCUGACAGCAACGCAGCGCGAACUGAUAGACAAGCUUGCUGAGGAGGAGGGUGCUGAGGAGAAGGCCGUUGAACAACCAGGCUUCUUCCGCAGGCUCUGGGACAAGCUUUUUGUCAGCUUCGAUCCUGAGAAGGAGAAAGAAACUAAUGCACGGCGGCGGCAUUCAACUGGUGGUUGACCGUCUUCAACAUCCAUUGCUACUACAAUUGUAGUCGACUGUCUUCAGCAUCGACGCCCACUGCAGUCGGUAAUUGUGCUGGUCACUUUGCCGUUUCCAACUGCCAUUCCACCCACAUACCUUAUACUGGUACUGCGGUGACGUGCCGUGUCCUGCAACAGUCAUCAUGCAGCACCGGUGCAGAUGGUCCUGCAACAGUCAUCAUGCAGCGCCGGUGCAGAUGGUGUUGUGGCUGGGAUCAUUCAUACCAAGUGCCGAGGUACUCUUUGGAAUUUGAUGUGCCUGCACAAACAACUUCACCUUGAAUUAGGCUAUUUUAUUCUGGUUUCUUAUUAUUAUAAACAUGUUGGCUACUUCACUGGUCAGUGAUCACAGUGCUAAAUCCCCUCUAGGCUGAUGUAUUCAUGCUUGAAUCCACUGCACAGCACUGUCAUGCUCCUCUGCUCAAAGGUGCAGAUUUUGAUUGCGCUGUUUCGGAACUGCUAUAGUAUAUCAAGUUGAAGCCUCGGUCCUUGCACUGUGAAAUGUUGAAUACAGAAGGUUUGAACAACAUGCCGCCGUAAGGAAUAAGUGAACGAAGAGCGAGCUGUGUUCUUCAUUGUGAGAUUAUUGAAGCAUUAUCCAGAGACAGUUA